AUGGUGGAACACCAUGGUGCAAAUUGGGGCUCCUACAUAUGGGGCCAAUUGGUUCAUAACACCCACAUUGAAAGAAUGUGGGUUGAUGUGACCAAUUCAUUUGGAUGGAAGUGGGCCUUAUUCUUCCUCAACUUGGAGGCUGAUGAAGGGCUCAAUCAUCAAAACAAUGACCAUCUGUGGCUCUUGCACUGGCUUUUCUUGCAAGACAUAAACAACAAUGGGACUGGGUUCCAGAAUGAAUGGAACUUCCAUACCAUGUCUCUGGCAGAGGGAAACCAAUGUCCAGCAGACCUUUUCCUCAAGGGGUGUCUGCAGCACAGCACAAGAGGCAUCCAACUGGUCACCAGAAAUGACCAACAUUACUACAUGAAUCCAGGCUCUUAUGGGUCUGAAGUUGACAUUAAGCUUGCUGAGGCUGAAGAGGACCAGCUGGAGGGGUUCAUACAUACUCAUGGCAUUGCCAACCAGAUGCCAGCAUGCCUAUCAAAUAUUGACUCACUGCCCCCAGAUUGUCCUUUGUCAGCAGAGCAUAUGGGGCAGCUAGUGAAUGAGCUUGCACCCCUCUUUCUGUGA